CAUUUGAUAUAAAAUCUUCCUUGAACAGGAAGUGGGAGUGAUGGAGAAGACAGGAAGGGGUUAGUCUUUCGACAGUUAUAAGUCUCAGGCAGCAAACAUGCGAUAAAGCAGAUCUGCUGUGACACUUUCCUACUCGAACAUAGUCAGAUGCAUCCUUCCAUAAACUCAGAGGUUUGCUGGUAUUUGCCCUUAUUUUGUAUCAGCCGGUGCCCAUCUUUUCCCUCUCUGCAUAUUUGAUUUUCACAUUUCUCUCUAGGACACCCAUUCCCAAGAAAGAACUAGUAUUCUAGCCCUGCCACAAGUCCAAGUAAUAAAAGUUUCUUGAGCCCUUCUGCUGGCCUGUGGAUGUGACAUACAGGCAGGUGAUGGAAGUUGACCUAGGCAGCAAGAAUGCUAUUUUUAGGAGGCACUCUCUGGACCAGUGGGUCUUCCUCCAUGAGUGACAGCUUCACAGCAGCUUUCACUUCUGCCCUCCUUCCAGGUUAUCCGAGAGUCCUGAAGUCCUGGAUUUGGCCAGUAAAUCUACCAAGAGAGACGUGUCCCUGGGAGGCUGCAGUUUAAACAAACCACCUUUUCUAAUGUUGCUCAAAGGUUCCACGAGGUUUAACAAGGCCAAGACUUUUAAUAUCAACCAGCUGUUGCAAGACACACCAGUGGCCUCCCCGAGGAGCAUGGAGGUGUGGAAAGAUGUGAAGUCUUGCCCACUACCUCUCAAGGCCGAGACCAAUCAAGGAGCCCUCCAGUUUGGGGACAGUCCUUCCAGUCACUUGCUAUUCAAGCUUCCCCAAGAGUUGCUGAAACCCAGAUCUCAAUUUGCUGUGGACAUGCAGACAACAUCCGCCAAAGGGCUGGUGUUUUACACGGGUGCCAGGAACUCCUUCAUGGCUCUUUACCUAUCAAAAGGACGCCUGGUCUUUGCAUUGGGAGCAGAAGGGAAAAAACUGAGGCUCAAGAGCAAAGAGAAAUACAAUGACGGGAAGUGGCACACGGUGGCAUUUGGGCAAGAUGGUGGAAAGGGGCGCUUGGUUGUAGAUGGGCUGAGGGCCCAGGAGGGGAGUUUGCCUGGAAAUUCCACUGUUGGCACCAGAGAACAGAUUUACCUGGGAUCAUCUCCAUCAGGGAAGCCAAAGAGCCUCCCCCAAAACAGCUUUGUGGGAUGCCUGAGGAACUUUCAGUUGGAUUUAACGCCCUUGGAUUCCCCUUCCGCGAGCUUUGGGGUGUCUCCUUGCUUGGGAGGCUCUUUAGAGAGAGGCAUUUAUUUCUCCCAAGGAGGAGGUCACAUCAUCCUAGCUAAUUCUGUGUUGUUGGGGCCAGAAUUUAAGCUUGUUUUCAGCAUCCGCCCCAGAAGUCUUACUGGAAUCCUAAUCCACAUCGGAAGUCAGCCAGGACAGCACUUAAGUGUUUAUAUGGAGGCAGGAAAGGUCACUGCCUCUAUGGACAGCGAAGCAGGUGGGACCUUGACAUCAGUCACACCAAAGCAGUCUCUUUGUGAUGGACAGUGGCACUCAGUGGCAGUCACCAUCAAACAACACAUCUUGCACCUAGAACUGGACACAGACAACAGCUACACAGCCGGACACCUUACCUUACUGCCUGACAGCUCCCAAGAGACACUCCACAUUGGAGGUGUCCCAGCCAAUUUGCAGACACUGAAACUCCCAGUGUGGAAAUCAUUUUUUGGCUGUCUGAAGAAUAUACAAGUCAACCACAUCCCUGUUCCUGUUUCUAAAGCCACAGAAGUCCAGGGGUCUGUCAGUCUGAAUGGCUGCCCUGACCAUUAACCUCAGGCUACCACCCAGCAGGGAAACUCACCUUCAAAAGCACUGCGGGAGGACCUGAUGUGCCUCUCUGCCCAUUCAAGGUCAUUCAAGGUGAUUCAAGACACCAUUAAGACAAGUUUGACAGCAGAUCUAAUUUUGAAUUCCAACCACAUAGACCCAUCAUUUGGACAUUUACUGCUAACUAUGUAUUUUAUACCAAAAAAAAAAAAAAGUCUUGAAGAAGAUAAAUUGUUAUUCAAGCAUAUACAUGAUGUUUUGGCAAUAUUAUUUUCUACUACAAAUUAAAUGUCUUCUAAAGAACACCCCCCACACACACAUACACAUGUUUAAAACAUAAAUCUCUUUAGAGCACUUUAAAAAUAUGAAACUUUUACAUAUGUUAAAGGGUUAUAAUUUAUGAGGUUAAAUAAAUGCAGUGUACUCUUCA